AUGAAUCGGAGGUGGCGCAGAAAUAAGCAGCGACGAGAACGCUACCGCCAACAACAGGAAGCCCUUUCGCCGCGCGUGCGAGCGGAAAUCAGACAAGUGAACCGAAGCGCAGCAAAGCGAUAUCGCGAGGAAGUCCAUAAACGAACACGGGCGUGGUACGUGGAGCUGCAGCGCACGCGAGCGCGUAACUUGCAGCUCAGGCGACGAGCCAAGGCCGUGUCCCGACAGCUACGCGACCUGAUGCUGCAGGUCACCGACAGCGCUGCCACCCUCCUUCCCCUUGUCCAACGCCUCAAACAGGCUCCAGGCAAGCAACACCGUGACCACCACCAACAGCAACAAGCGGUGCCUGAGCACACAUCACAACAACAACAACAACCAACCACCGCAACCGCAAGCAGAAGCGAAGUUGACAACAUCGACGACGACGACAACAGUGACAAUGAGGAUGACGCACUGGUGCCAAAGGGUAUGGAAGGCACUGGGCAGCACAGGCUUGCACGCGUGCUCGCUGCCGCUGAUGCCGCAGCCAACCUCGACACGGGGUCUGCUGAUGAUUCGUCCUCGCCCGGGAGCGAUGACGGCGACGACGGCGACGACGACGACGACGACACCGGUGAUGAGGGUGGGGAUGGCGUCACCUUGACACGGGGUUCGAGCGCGAUGGGUUUCCCGUCUGCAACAUCCCCACUUGCGGGCAUUGGGGCUGACCGGCAGACAGCAAAAUCAGCGAAAGCAGUGCAUCUGCUUCAUCGCAACGGCCACGCCUGCGCAGCAGGCUCGUCACCUACCCGCGGCCACCCUGCCUCGCUCAACCCUUCUUCUUCGCCUACAAGCAGUGCCGUGACCCCUGCUGGCCAUCAGAGCCGCGCCUUCGCCGUGCCGCUGCAAGCGCAGCUCCCCUGCGCGCCACCGUCCACCGUGAUUAGAGCCCACCAAUCAUACUUGCAGCCAUUCGCAAUGUUCCUGGUUGGGCACCGCCGCAACAGCAGCACAUGCAGCCCAUGCAGCCCAUGCCUCCGCUUGUGCCACCGAUGCAUCAGCAGUAUCCUCAUCCUCAUCAUCAGCAGCAGCAGCAACAAACAUUUCUGCUGCACCAACAGCCUCCACUCUCGGCGCUCUGGCCUUCGAGCAUCGCAGCGGCGCCAGCGGCGCUAG